AUGGGAGGAUAAGAAUAAGAAUAUUUUGAAAAUGUAGUAAGAGAAUCAACAAAAGGUAGAAAUGAUAUUACAAAAAUGAUUGAUUCAUUGUAAAAUCGUGUGAUUGCUGAAUAUGAAUAUUCUAAGAAUUUGGAAGAUGGAAUAUCAGAAUUGACAAUGAAUAAUAAUUCAAAUGAGUGUGCGAUCAACUUAGAAAAAAUAAUAAAUUUAUAUUGUAGUGAAAUAAGACAAAAGAUUAAAGAGUCAAGAGCAUAUGCAUAAUUUAUUAAAGAAUAAAUCAUUAGUUAAUUGAACUUAUUAGUAAAAGAUUAAACAAAUAAGGUUAGAAGUUUGAUUUCUGAUGGUCGAAAACUUUCUGGAUAACUUAAACAAGAAAGAAUAGAAUAUGAAAAGGUAUAAAAAUUAUAUAGAAUAAUUAGCUUAUGAGCUAAUUAAACUAAAAAAAUAAUGACUAUUUUCAGCAUUAAAUAUAAAAGUUUUCACAAGAGUAUCUAAGUCAAUUGCCACCAUAGAAGAAAAAUGAGAAUACAUUGAAAUCAGAUAAAUUGUUUAGAAAUCUUAAAGAACAAAGAGAAAAACUAAAUUAUUAAUAAGCAUCAUAUGAUUAAUAUCUACAAGGAUAUGAAUUAAGAAUUUCAAAGAUAAUAGAAGAAUUUUAAAUAUAAGAUCAAGAAAGAAUUGAGAUGAUGAAAAAGGCAAUUAAUUAAUUUUUCUUAAAUGAAAGAGUUUUUGAAGUAAACUGUAAAUAAUUAAAAUAGAAUUUGUAAGAAAUUACAGCUGAAUUCAGUCUUUACCGAUAUAAAGAAUAGUAUUUAAAAUCCUUAGAAAUCAAAUUAUAAGAAUAGAAAGGUUUUGUAUAAUGUUCAAUCUAAAAAGUAGAAGAUAAUUGGGUCGAUCGUAUAACUCAUUUUAUUAAUACAAAAUGUCAAAAUAUUUAAUGCAAUAGAGAAAAGAUAAAUCUAAAUAUGGACAUUCUGAAAUAUGACCAAUUAUCAAUUAACUUAAUGAUUUAACAAUAAAACUAGGAUUUUAUAAAUAAUAUUUCAUUAAGUUAAGAUAAAAUUCAUAAUCAGAUGCAAGAAUUAUGGACAUCUUAAUAAGUGAAUUUANAAUAUUCUAAGAAUUUGGAAGAUGGAAUAUCAGAAUUGACAAUGAAUAAUAAUUCAAAUGAGUGUGCGAUCAACUUAGAAAAAAUAAUAAAUUUAUAUUGUAGUGAAAUAAGACAAAAGAUUAAAGAGUCAAGAGCAUAUGCAUAAUUUAUUAAAGAAUAAAUCAUUAGUUAAUUGAACUUAUUAGUAAAAGAUUAAACAAAUAAGGUUAGAAGUUUGAUUUCUGAUGGUCGAAAACUUUCUGGAUAACUUAAACAAGAAAGAAUAGAAUAUGAAAAGGUAUAAAAAUUAUAUAGAAUAAUUAGCUUAUGAGCUAAUUAAACUAAAAAAAUAAUGACUAUUUUCAGCAUUAAAUAUAAAAGUUUUCACAAGAGUAUCUAAGUCAAUUGCCACCAUAGAAGAAAAAUGAGAAUACAUUGAAAUCAGAUAAAUUGUUUAGAAAUCUUAAAGAACAAAGAGAAAAACUAAAUUAUUAAUAAGCAUCAUAUGAUUAAUAUCUACAAGGAUAUGAAUUAAGAAUUUCAAAGAUAAUAGAAGAAUUUUAAAUAUAAGAUCAAGAAAGAAUUGAGAUGAUGAAAAAGGCAAUUAAUUAAUUUUUCUUAAAUGAAAGAGUUUUUGAAGUAAACUGUAAAUAAUUAAAAUAGAAUUUGUAAGAAAUUACAGCUGAAUUCAGUCUUUACCGAUAUAAAGAAUAGUAUUUAAAAUCCUUAGAAAUCAAAUUAUAAGAAUAGAAAGGUUUUGUAUAAUGUUCAAUCUAAAAAGUAGAAGAUAAUUGGGUCGAUCGUAUAACUCAUUUUAUUAAUACAAAAUGUCAAAAUAUUUAAUGCAAUAGAGAAAAGAUAAAUCUAAAUAUGGACAUUCUGAAAUAUGACCAAUUAUCAAUUAACUUAAUGAUUUAACAAUAAAACUAGGAUUUUAUAAAUAAUAUUUCAUUAAGUUAAGAUAAAAUUCAUAAUCAGAUGCAAGAAUUAUGGACAUCUUAAUAAGUGAAUUUAUAAUCACUAAUAAAUCUAUUAAAUCAUAACUUGAUUGGGAGAUAAAUUUGGGUAUUUGAAUUUUAAUAAUUCAGAUUGGAUAAGAAAUUUGAAAUUUGCUAGAUUUCAUAUAAUAAUAUAGUAAAUUUAUUGAAUUAAAUACUUGAUCUGGUAUUGUUUAGAUUUUAUAAGAUAGUGUUUAGAAGAAUUUGAUGCUUUUACAGUGAGGAAACUUAUGUUGAUGACUUUCACAUUUUAUAGGAUAGAUAAGACUGAGAAAAUAUAUUUAUUUGAUGGGAUUCAAAAUCAUACAAUAUUUGAAAAAUUUGAUUUAUGGGAUGCUAUAUUCUUCGAAUGUUUAUACGAGGAAAUGAAAAAACAAUAACAGAUGAAAAUUUAUGAGAAUCUUAAUGAUUCAAUUGAUAGGUAUUAAUAAAUAAUAGAUAAAAAGGGAAAAAAAUACAACAUUUGGAUUUUUAGGAUCAUUAAUUGAAAAUAUGUUAAGUUUUAAUCCAUAAAAAUAGAAUGUGAAAGCAUUAACUUAGAAAUAUUGUAAAUUGUAUAUGCUUAAUGAUAUUUAAAUAAAACAGCUACUUUAAAUUAUUGAUAACUCUAAGUAAUAAUAAUAAAUUUGA